CGCAGUAUAAAGAUCAUCCAUAAGAACUCACAAAGCAUCCAGAGCACACAGCAAAUCCUCUGUUCCUCAUUCAUCAUCUCCUCCCUUCACGGCUAGCUUUUGUCAGAGAACUGCAGCAAUGGUCGAUGAAGUGCAUCAGCUCACCAGGGCCUUCUCAGGGCUGGGAGGGCUCGGCGUGGACGAGCCGACGAUGGUGUCGGCGCUGGCGCGGUGGCGCAAGCAGCCGGAGAAGCGGUCGGCGUUCCGGAAGAGCUUCACGGGCUUCUUCAAGGGCCACGGCGAGAUCGACCGGUGCGAGGAGGAGUACCUGCUGCACCUGGCCGCCGAGUUCGAGCGGUUCAAGAACCUGAUGGUGCUGUGGGCGAUGCACCCGUGGGAGCGCGACGCGCGCCUCGCACACCACGUGCUGCACCAGGCGCACCCGGCCGCCAUCGUCGUGGAGGUCGCAUGCACGCGGUCCGCCGAUGAGCUGCUGGGCGCUCGCCGGGCGUACCAGGCGCUCUUCCACCACUCCCUCGAGGAGGACGUCGCCUACCGCGCCAGGGACAAGCCCUACUGCAACUUGCUGGUCGGGCUCGUGAGCGCGUACCGGUACGAGGGCCCCCGGGUGAACGAGGAGGUGGCGCGGGCGGAGGCGAAGGCGCUCGGCGCAGCGGUGAAGAGCGCCGGCGGCGUCGCGGGGAAGCUGCUGGAGAACGACGAGGUGGUCCGGAUCCUCAGCACCAGGAGCAAGCCCCACCUCGUGGAGACAUUCAAGUACUACAAGGAGAUGCACGGCAAGCACAUCGAGGAAGAUCUUGGCAAGGAGGAGACCCUUCACGAGACCGUGCUGUGCCUGGCCGCGCCGGCCAAGUACUUCAGCCAGGUGAUCGAGGAGGCGCUGAGGGACGGGGCGGACAACCACGGGAAGGACGCCCUGUCGAGGGUGGCGGUGACGCGGUCGGACGUUGACAUGGACGAGAUCAGGGCAGCCUACCACGAGCAGUUCGGGGCCAAGCUUGAGGACGCCAUCGCGGCCAAGGCGCACGGCCACUACAGGGACGCGCUGCUGUCGCUGGUGGGCGCUGGCGGCAAGUGAAAGUGAGCGCUGGUUCGAGGAGUUGAGAUGCGAUCGAGGAAUCGAGGGCAUAAACGGGUGGUCUGGCCAUUUUCUGUUUCGUCGUGGUGGUGGUGUGUCUUUGUGCUGGUCUGUUCUCCGUUGUCGAGCGAGACUGUAACAUCCGCAGCUGAGGCUGAAGCCUGAGGUGAAAUAAGAUUUGCAAACGUUUCUUCA